UAGGGUUACUCUUGACGCGGUCGAGUUACGAUCAAAAUCGAAUUGACAUCGAGAAUCAGUAAUUUGGUACUCUGGAAAACGACCGAAGCGCCAAUCGAGUUGUGGUCGAAUAGUGAACUACUUGAAAUCGAAAACCGCCGUUAUGUCUUACUCUCGACACUAUCGAGAUCGAGUUAUGCUCAUGUUUAAAUCGAAAACAUACGUCAAAUCACACGAUUCACAAGACGCUACUUUUUUGAAAUCAAAAGUGUGUUUUCAAGAUUAAAUUAUAGAAAAUAGGUAAGUUUCUUUAACAAUAAUGCUUUGAGAUACAAUAAUCUUUCUUCGUGAGUGAAAGUGCUGGGGAAUAUUUGCAAUUUUUUGUCUACAACUUUGUUUUGUGGAUUGAUAGCAGGAUGGCUCGACUUGCAGCACAAUUAAAUUUAUUGGAUGAAGCUGAGAGAGUUGACGCACGCCAAAGAAGAAGAAGAACGCAAAUAGCACGUUAUUGUGCAGCAGCUAUAGAAAUUGGCGAUGAAGAAUUUGUGGCAAACUAUCGAAUAACAAAAGAAAUUUUUUUGGAGCUUGAGGAGGUGCUCUCCCCAUACUUAAAGGCACCUUCUCGCAGAAGUGAUAUUCCCAUAAAAUUUAAGGCAAGUAUUUGAGUUCUUUAUAGUUUUUUCGUUCUAGUUCUAAAAUCUAUACCUAAAUCUUUAAAUUUUCUUCUUGUUAUAGAUAUUGGUUGCUCUCUCUUUUAUGCAUCAGGCAGUUAUCAACGUAUCGUAGGAAGGAACUAUGGUACUGCAAUGUCACAGCAGUCAGUGUCAAGGUGUAUCAAAGAGGUGACCAAUGCGUUCAACCAAAUAAUAAUUCUACAAAAAUAUAUAAAGUUCCCUACUAAUGUUAAUGAACGGAAUGCUAUAAAGAUGAAAUUCUAUGAAAAAUAUGGAAUACCCGGUGUUAUUGGUUGUGUAGAUGGAACACAUGUGGCCAUGGUAAGACCAUCAGAGAAUGAGGAUUGGUAUUUCAACCGAAAACACUACCAUUCCAGAAAUGUGCAAAUUGUAAGAUCAUUUAAAUUAACUAUACCUUACCAAAUGAAGUAAUUUGUGAAUGUAUAGGUUGCCACUGUUAACCCUAGAAAGAUAAUCUGCGUCAAAUUGACGCAUGUGUUUUCGAAUUAUUGCUGUCUCUUCCUAAAUAGCCCGAAUCUGUCGCUGUGCCUUCCGGACAUUUCAUUCGUCGCUAGGAGCUACCGGGAGGCGUACGUAUCGCUAAGGUAAGUGUCACCGAUUUUGAAAUAUAACGUUUGAGUGAGUCAAAAUGACGCAUGAUUAUCUUUUGCGUGACUUUUAAGAUUUUAAUUCAAGUGAUCGUUUUUGUGUUUCAUUGUAUUUUAUUUAUUAUUUCGCACGUUGUAUUAUUGUUUUCUUUUUUAUAGAUAUUGAUACCUAUAUAUACUAUUAUGGGGAGUAGAAAUUUGGACGAAGACGGUAUCCUGGCCGCUCUUUUGCAGAGUGAAGAUGAGGUUCCCUGUGAGGAUACUGAUAGUAAAAUCUCGGAUCACGAAAGCAAAGACGAUGUGCAGAGUGACUUGGAGGAAGGUUUUAUAGAUGAACCACAAGAGGACCAUAUGCUGUCAAGUAGAAAUGUAGAGUUGGAGCAAAAUACGGUCGAAUAACAAAUGUGUUCUUUGAUGUCCUGUAGCAGGAAGACGAACAGAUGGCCAAUGGCAUUAUUGUACGGAAUGAUAAAUAUUGCGUGCAUAAAUUCUUAUAUUAUUUAUUACCAUGAUGGCUGCGAUAAAGAUAUGUGAUUUUGAUCUAAAUAUUAUAAGUGUAGAUGCAUGUUUUGGUGGUGCUACCCAUGAUUCACACAUCUUUAACCAACAUGCAAUCAAAAAUCACCUAAUUGAUUUAGUGAACCAAGGGGAGACAGUGUAUUUGUUAGGUGACUCGGGGUAUGCACAAAGAGAGUACAUGAUGACACCAAUUGUCAAUGCUGCAGCUGGUUCUCCAGAAGAAUUCUAUACACAAAUACACUGUUCAGCUCGUAACAGAGUGGAACGAACGAUAGGGUUAUUAAAGGCACGUUGGCGGUGUUUGCUGAAGCAUAGGGUGCUUCAUUAUAAACCAGACAUGGUUUCAAAAAUAAUUAACGCAUGUUGUGUGCUACAUAAUAUGUGUAACACAGCACGCAUCCCCUCCCCCAGCGAAGUUAACCCUUCGCUGUCGUCGGGCACCGCGCAGCAGCCAUCGUCGGAGCCCGCGCCGAGCGCCGCUGCGCACAGCGCUGGAGCCACGCUGGAACUGCGCAGAGGAGUUGAAGCCCGGCAACGUAUAGUGAAUAUGUUGUGGACAAGGAGACGAACAAAUUAAUAAAGAUAUAUCAUAUUAA